AUGGCCAGCUUUCAGGAUCGUGCGCAGCACCAGAUUGCGCAACUUGACAAGGAGCUCUCCAAAUACCCCCUCCUCAACAACCUCGAGAGACAGACCUCAGUCCCCAAGGUCUACGCCGUCCUUGGCCUUGUCGGCAUCUACUUUUUCCUCGUCUUCUUUAACAUUGCCGGCCAGUUCUUGGUUAACUUUGCCGGUUUCUUGAUCCCCGGUUAUUACUCGCUUCGUGCCUUGUUUACUUCUGGUACGGCUGAUGACACUCAGUGGUUGACUUACUGGGUUGUGUACGCAUUCUUGACUGUCAUUGAGAGCGCCAUCAGCGCCGCCUACUGGUUCCCCUUCUACUACAUCUUCAAGUUCGUCCUUGUUCUCUGGAUGUCCCUUCCUCAGUUCAACGGUGCCCAAGUCGUUUUCCACUCUUUCAUCCACCCUUUGUUCGCCCGUUUCUUCUCUAGCGGCUCGACCUCUUCCAACUUGAAGGCUCAGGCCGAGGCUGCCAGCAAGUCGCAGUAA